AUGGAUUUCGAUAUGAAGUAUUGCUACUACUCGAUGGUACGAGCGUUGAUGCCCUCCCCGGCGGUAGCGGUCAAGACUUGGCCCAAGGAAGAGGUUUCCACUUGGGUCAAGAUUCAUUUCCCGAACAUUGUGCUCCCUGAGAAGUUCUAUACGGCUCUGGACGGCCAGGGACUCGUCGACCUGGCGGAUGAUCCGCAGUUCUCUACGGAGGAAAAGUUGCGCUUUAUGGAGCUCGAGGACGAGUCAGAUAUAGCGACAGUCGCGGGAGGCCUUAUGCAAACGGAGGAUGUAGGAGGUAACCGUACACAGAAUGAUCAAGGUGGGCAUUCGGGUGUCCUUAUUAAAUUUUUCCGCCCGGCCCAGUGCACAUCGAACUCUAGUGCUACAGGUGUAUGGUCGGAAGCUGAGCUCGAGAGCAGCCCGAAGAGAGGGACGGAUCUCAUCACGCGGCAGUUCGCGACGAUGCGUUACAUGCUGGCCUUGAUCGAGAGGAGAGGCGGAAGGGUGAGCAGGCGGAUGCGUAGGGAGGUAGAGGCGACCUACAAUGCCAUGUAUGAAGUAGCAAUAUCUAUGGAAUUUAGUUUUUUCGAGCGCUUUUCCGAGAAACAAGUGAAGGAAAUGAUCAAAGUGCUGCAGAUUCGCCGCAUGCGGGAGGGAGAAGUUGUGUGCCACAAGGGAGAGGAGGGGAAUGAGUUUUUCCUCAUAUUUCAUGGCGCGGUCAAUAUAUUCCCCGUACCGGGAGAAAAACCAGUAGCAACGUAUGUUGCCGGGGAGACGUUCGGGGAGCUCGCCUUACUGCAUGAUGCCCCGCGGGCGGCGACUGUGGUCAAUGUGGCGUCGAAGCAGGCUCUUGAGCAUGGGGCGCCGGAUGAAGUUAGAGUGCCUAUCAUCCGAGUGACCGAACCAGAAGCCACGUCCUUGCCUUUCUUCGUGGUCAUGCGAGGGAAGGUAAGAGUGUUGGGCACUAUCGCGAUCCGCGGCAAGUUGGUAACGACAUGGAGGACAGGAGGAAGAGGAGAGGAUGAUGACGAUGUUGUUGACCCCGAUGCGGUGCGAGUAUUCGAGAACAUACCGCUAUUUGAGCUCACGCAGGGUCUGUUCUACGGCCAAGGGGAAUAUCUCUUGGGGCCUAGGGUGAGGCAGGUCUUCCCCAACGUGUCGCUCUCCAACCUGUUGGUGGAGUCGCUGGAGGAGGGCCAGACGUUAGCGAUGGGUGCCGCAGAUUUCGGCGAGCUGUGUCGAGUAGAGGUGGAGUUCGCGAAGGUUAUGAGGAAAAUAACACAGUCGUUGGAGGUCCUGGAGAGAGAGCAACUAGUACAGAUAGUCGCUCUGCUGGGAAAAGUUGAUUUUGAGAGGAAGUCUUCGCACUAUUUACAGAAGAUCAUCAGCAUAUCCCAGCACACUGCGGAACUGUGGGCGUCGAUACCGGAACUAGCAGAGGCAAGACUAUAA